AUGACGUUCCCCAAAGUGGCUGCUCGCCACAUCCAAAAUAUGAGCGCCGCCACGUCGUUGGAGCCUCAUUGGGGAUAUUACGAUCGGGCGCUGCCCUGCACAAACGAUGCAGGCUCUUGUGCCUAUCUGGACGAUGUCUAUCAUUCCCAUGACCUGGGCAUGCUUUAUUCCGGCAUCUUGUGGUGCGUGAUUGGCGCGUUGCUGCUGAGCUGGGUUGUUUUGAAGCAAUUUGGCACACCAAUGUCACCGAUGAUGGCCACACCAGCGCCUGUGGGUCUGUCCAAAAUCCAGCGCGCCUGUUCAUCUGUUGUUCGAAAAUACCUUCUCCCGGAUGCGGCUCGGAUGAUUUUUGGACGGACUACCCGUCUGCAGGUGCUCAUUCUCGCCCUGCUCUCGGGGUAUCUUCUCAUCUUCAGCUUCGUGGGCAUCGGUUAUAACACCUGGGUGACCCCUGUGUCGGAUAUGCCCGGUGUUUAUAACACCCGGAAUAGUAUUGGACCUUGGUCAGACCGGGUUGGCACCCUAGCAUAUGCCCUGACUCCACUCUCUGUCUUGCUGAGCAGUCGAGAGUCCUUUCUUUCGUUGAUCACUGGCCUGCCAUACCAGAGCUUCAACUUCAUGCACCGCUGGCUCGGUUACAUCAUCUUCCUGCAAAGUUCCCUUCAUACAAUUGGCUGGUGUGUUGUCGAGAUCAGACUUUACCAGCCGCAACCUUCCGUUGCCCUCGCAUGGGUCAAAGAGACUUACAUUGUUUGGGGUAUUGUUGCAAUGAUCCUUUUGCUACUGCUCUUUGCACUGAGCACUCCAUGGGGAAUCCGGCUCACCGGCUACGAGACCUUCCGCAAGCUACACUACGUCCUUGCCGUGGUCUACAUCGGCGCGUGCUGGGGCCACUGGAAACAACUAAAAUGUUUCCUCUGGCCAUCGCUGAUCUUCUGGUUCCUCGACCGAGGCGCCCGGUUAGUUCGAACCGCCAUACUUCAUUACCACCCUGAACAAUCCAGCACGCUAGGCCUCGGCUUUAAAUCCGCAGACGCAACAAUCACCCGCUUCCCAGACGAGGAACAUGGCGACGUCAUCCGCCUUGACCUGGACAACAACCAAGAUCCCUGGGCUAUCGGCCAACACUACUAUCUAUGCUUCACCCAAUGCAGCAUCUGGCAAUCCCACCCCUUCACCCCGCUCAACCUCCCGUCUGUCUCAAAGGGCACAGUGAAACACUCCUACCUCCUUCGUGCGAAAGGCGGCGAAACGAAAAAGGUCGCCGCGCUCGCUGCAAAGGGCAACCCAACCAUGCCUAUCAUCUUGACCGGCGCCUACGGCGAAGAGAUCACCACCUCCCUGACACCAAACACCAACAUCCUUUGCGUCGCCGGCGGAACGGGAAUUACCUACGUUCUCCCCGUCCUCCUGGACUUAGCACAGCAACCCCGCUCCCCAGACCGCAAGGUCGAACUCAUCUGGGCAAUUCGCCACUCAUCAAAUACAGAGUGGGUCAAAGCCGAACUGGACAUCCUGCAAAAAGCACGGAAGGAAUUGAAUCUCGACAUUAAGAUUUUCGCUACGCGGGACACCAGCAGCAAGUCUCCUUCGCUGGACGACUCGGAGAAUUGCAAUUUAUCCGUUCCUGUCGACUCGCCCAAGAUCGAGAUUGAUGAGAAGGCCGUGCAGGUCUCGCCUUCUUCGUCGUCUGAGUCUGGCUGUUGCGGAUGUGACAAGCCAACUGCCAUCGAGCGGCUUGGUAGUGGUGCUGAGGAUGUGAAUAGACAUCCUGAUCUGCCUGUGCUUGUUAAUUCUUUCCUUGAGGAUACGGUGCGUGGCCCUACUAGUGUUUUUGCUAGUGGGCCUGGUGGCAUGAUCAGUGAUCUGAGGGAUAUUGUUGCCUCUUGCAACUCUGGCUCGAGGGUAUGGAGGGGUUUGGAAAGAUUUGACGUUACGCUUGUUUGUGAUGAUCGCUUGGAGUGGUGA